AUGAUCUUUGCAAACACGGGCAACCCGCCGAAGACAGCCAAUCGUAAGCAGUCCUACCCCAUGACUCCGUCCAGUCCCAGCAGCAACAGCAGCAGCAGCACAGGCCUGGAGCAGCUCAGCAAAACUAACCUUUACAUCCGUGGGCUGCCUCCUGCCACUACAGACCUGGACCUGAUCAAACUCUGUCACCAGUAUGGAAAGAUUCAGUCUGCAAAGGCAAUCCUGGACAAGACAACCAACAAAUGUAAAGGUUACGGCUUUGUGGACUUUGACAGCCCAGCAGCUGCUUUAAAAGCAGUGCAUGCUCUGAAAACCAGCGGCAUACAGGCCCAGAUGGCCAAGCAGCAGGAACAGGACCCCACAAAUCUGUACAUUUCCAACCUGCCUCUCUCUGUGGAUGAGAAGGAGUUGGAGAACAUUCUGCAGCCCUUCGGUCAGGUCGUCUCCACGCGGAUCCUACGGGACUACAGCGGCAACAGCCGAGGUGUGGGCUUUGCCAGGAUGGACACAACAGAGCAGUGCAAUGCAGUCAUCUCCCAUUUCAAUGGGAAGUUUAUCAAGACAGCUUCUGGAGCUCUGGCACCCUCUCAGCCCUUGCUGUGUAAGUUUGCAGACAGUCAAAGGAAGAAACACGCUCAAGGCGGAUUUGUUCCCAAUGGACAGGCAGCGGAUCUAAGACUAGGGGCAAUGACUCUCACUUAUGACCCCUCCUCAGCAGCUAUACAGAAUGGGUACUACGCUUCUCCUUAUCCAGUAACCAACAGGAUAAUGACUGUGCAGCCCACAAUGCCUCCGUACAUGUCUCCGGUCUCUGCUUACCAGGUCCAGAGUCAUUCUUGGGUUGCGCAUCAACCGUACAUCAUGCAACACCCGGCCGCUGUGAUGUCUCCCUCUGUGGAUCCCUCCAUGUCACUGCACCCAACAGCCAUGAUCACUCAGCAGAUGGGCCAGCUGUCACUGGGAAACACUGGACCGUAUAUCACGGCCAGCCCCGGUGUCCAGGGAGCUUACAUGCCUCAGUAUCCUCCCAUGCAGGCAGCAGCGGAAAAUAGCACGCCGCAGCAAGUGGAUUCCUCCAACAACUCGUCUCCUUACAGUCAACUCAGCAAGUAGAUGCAGGCCACAUUCCUGCUUUGUGAGCCAGUUGGCAGGUGGGAAGUUGCUGAUGACAUCACAGGGAAAACAGUCUCCGUCUGCUCUGAUUGGACCAGAAACAUGAACUUUUUUUGCACAGCCCCAACAUUUGUAGUUUAAAAUGAGGACAGUGUAAACGGACUCAAGCAGUUGACGAGUCACAGGAAAAAAAAAAAAAGAAAAGAAAAUUUAUUUUGAUUAAAAAAAAUGCUGUUCUUUUUUUCCUCUUUUUCAAGGAUUCUCAAACACUUGCCAGAUGACUCUUCCCACCCCACCCCCAUUCCCACCUUUGCCCCUUCACCCUGCCUUCCCCAUUCAAGUAUGAUGUAAUAAUAAAUGCAUGAGAUGGAGAUAUUGACCACCACCCCCCCUCCCCUUCAAGGUUUAUAUGAUUUUAUAGUUACUUUAUUUGUGGUAUAUGGACAAAACCUUGCAGACCUCGUUUGCACUGAACUUUAAUGUGUUUUUUUUUUUUUUUUUUUAAAGUUGCCACAGCUCAAAAAACUGCACUUGACAGCUGAUACAAGUGACCAUUUCAUUAGGAAUUUGCUAUUGGAAAAGGUGCCUUCCUUAUGUGAUAUCAAACAUUCUCCCACCUUGUUUCAUCAAACUUGAUCAGGUGUCACAUUUCUUAUUGGAUUGAUCAAACGUGUGUGUGGAAUCAUGAGGAUUUCCAUUGAGUGUUGCGCUAUCUAGUCGUCUGGUAGCAAUAAAGAAAACGAGAGUCCCGUGGCAAUACUGAGAAAUGAGAACAGUGACAAACUCAGAGCAAGGUAAAUCCUUAUAUUCCUCUUUCCUUUUUUUUUUUUUUUUUUUUGUUUUAAAUUCAUGACAUGAUAUGAAAGAGAGCUGUACUUUUAUGAAAUUUCAUGUAUCUCACCCAAUGGGCAUCAUUUAGGAGGGUUUUUGUUUCUCUUGUGGUCACUCUGACCUGUAAUCUACCUCAUGGUUCUGCUAGCGUCCGCUGAUGUGCAGUGGGGUUUGCAGGUAAAGCCCCAUUUUCACCAGCGUGGACAAAGGGGAACAGAAGCCACGCUCAGGAGCUGGCUGAACAGGACUUCUAGCGUUUUUCUCCCACAUGCAGCAUUACUCUCCCUGAUCUUCAAAGAGAAACAUUGUGCUUUAUUUUUUAUUUUCUAUCCGUAUUUGUCGCUGCUUCUGUUCUGACUUUACUUUUUCUAAACAUUAUGAGUGUUGUUCAGUUGCGAUGCCCCUUUUAAAAGUAAGACAAAUACUGGCUUCUCUGUAAAUUAGAUGGCUUACUGUGUGCUCGAAGCAAAUGAAAUGCACGCUACAUGCAUUUGGUGUAUUCCUCUGCCUUUGACAGAUCUUACCCGACUCACGUUUCUGUUUUCCUCUCCAAAUUGAACAUUACAAUUAUUUGGUUAGUUUCAGUUUAACAGUGUACAUGCCAAGCUAUUUGGAUGAGUGGAAAAAAGAACCCAAAUCUUGCCUUGCCUUGUGCAAAAAUAUAUGCAACAAUCAUGUGUGAAAAACGAGAAAAAAAGUGGUAUUUCAUGAAUAUUUGAUGGAACUUGAAAUCACAUGGCUGAUGGUAUGUGUUUCUUAAGAAUACAACUUGUAAAUUAUAUACAUUCAGGGCCAAAAGUGAAAAGUUUUAUUGUUUGCUUAGCUUUUCUUCUGAACAUUUACGAUGUAUUACCUCGACACUACUCUGAGACAAGAGAAAUGGUAAAAGAUGUAUGGUCACCGUUCAUCUCCCCAGUCAGUAGUACUGAACCAUUAAAUGCUCAACAUAGAAAAAUACAGCCAGGCCUUACCUGAGUGUACUUUCCCUUACUGAACUGGUUGCUAGGAAAAAAAAAAAAAAAAAACCUGUACAAAAAAUGAAAGAAAGAAAAAAGGAAAAAAAAAUCAUUGCUUCCACCUACCACCUUCUACCAAUUCUCAAUUUUCCCCUUGCUCUCUCCUUGAAACAAAACCAGUGCUGAAUAAAAUGCUCUUUUCUUUUUCAGAAA